GUAUCAAUGUGGGAAAAUCAAAUAAUUUCAUCGCUCUUUUUUACUUAAUAAUAAUUUUGGACGGACAUGGUGUACCGAAGAUUUCAUCAAUCGGCAAUCAUUUAAACAUGGCGCCAAACUAUGGUUUUCUAGUUGGCCGCCAGAGCGUAGUAGUUACAUAUCAACAAAACUGUGUUUGUUUACUGUUGAAGUUUCAAAUUUGAAACUUUUCAUUGGCUCCAAAAGUUUCGUUUGAAGUUCCUAAGUAUGUACUCAUCCCUUUUUAAUUUUUGUUUUAUAUUUCAUAUUCUUAGUUCAACAGUACAAGUGCAAUGUAUUUGUCAUUCGGACUAGUUACAUACUCAUUCUAAUCGGUUGGAUGUUCACAUGACAUAACCUUAACAUCCUCAUUCCCAAAUUUUAAAUCCUCCCUGCAACUGAAAGUUUUGCUGAAACUUUGCCGAUUUCCAGAUUCUGAGUGGGUGCCUCCUAAACGUUAGUUUUGCCAUGUAUCCAUCGCUCCGUUUGCUUUUCGUAAGUAAUGAGCAACUCAGAUGACACCGAUUUACUACUCGAUAUUCCACCAAAUUUUUUCUCAGUCCCUUCAGAUGAUUCUGAGACUUCUGAUCGUGAACUUUCCUUAAGUAAAAGUUUUAGAUUCAAACCUAAACGUCAAGAUAAGAAGAAGCUUGUCUCAGACUUGAUGUGUAAUGUCAGUGAGUUAGCAAAUCGUAUCUCAGUACUAGAAGACAUCGAAGGAUCAAGGUACUCCAGCUGUGGCGAAAGUCACUUGCCCCUCGGUAAUUCCUCAUUUCAAAAUAUGCAUGUUUUCAAAGGCAGCACCGACAGUUUGUCACAACAUUCAUUCAAAUCUAGCAGUCACCAUCUUGGUGGAUCACCUCCUAAGUCAACACGACCACAGUCCUUACCUCCAACUCCGAUUCUGAAUCGAUAUUCUCAUAUUCUAGAAGAGUUUCCAAAAAGCCACUCGUUGAAUACAUCACCAGAAAAGAGCAAGUAUUUGUCCAAGACAAUUGAUAGUCCUCUCUCCAGGAUCAAGACUUCCUCAAAUAAUCAGAACAAUCAGAAUAAUGUGUCUGAAUCCUCUUGCAAGCGGAGGUUGUUUAGUGAGAGUGAUUCCCAUUCGAUUACUUCAGCAGGGAAUGUUUUGCCGAAAGUAGACUUUAAAUCCUGUUUUACACAAUCAUACCUUGAGUCAAAGAAUGCACCACAUAAGAAUUCCUUAUGGUUUGAUGCCAAUCCAGUGAAGCACCUAGAUCUGCCAGAAGUUGACCGGUUAUUAAAAGAAAUGGAAUUGACCGAAGAAGAAAUGGAAAAUAAAUCAAAUUCCAAAGAUUGUCUCAGCAGUUUACCUCCCAGAGCAGAGACCAGCUGCUUUUUGAGAAGGAGUCAUAAUAAUCCACUUUCAGACUUGAACAACGAAACCAGCCUGUCCAAGAAUAAAACUCAUCCAGAAAUGUUGAACAUGAAGCAGAUCAGUAAUGAGUUUGAAGGGAACCUAUGUUCAAGAGAAACUAACUGUGAUUUUAAAAAAGCAGUCGUGCCACAAAAUAUGGCUGCAGACAAUGACUUUUCUGAUGACAGCAUAAGAAAAAGUACCAGGCACUUUCUCAGUGGCACAAACUCAAAUGAUUACUCACAUAGUACUGCUGGUGGCUUAACUCGUGGUCUUUACAAUGUAGAUAGUCAAAACUCUAUCAUUGAAGAGCUUAAAGAACUCGAUAAGAAGACUCAAGAGAUUGUAGCAAACUCCAUGCCUCACAGUCAGAUGAAUGCAGGUCUUUGUGAGCCUCAUCUUUCCCGGACACUGCAUAGCAGCGAUUCACUAGAAUUAUUGAAACAGAAAUUAGAAGAGGAAUAUCGACGCAGACAGCACUGUGAGAAUUUAAUCAUCGAUCUUCAGCAAGAGGUGCUAGAAUGGCGAGAAAGGCUUGCUGUAGCUGUUGCCAUUGAUGCAGAGAAAAACCGCGCUAUUGGGAAACUUGAAACAACAUGGAGGCGCACUGUAGAGCAUUGGCGGCAGUUAGAAGAUCAGCGUCAUAAUUUGGCUGUUGCCCUACAAACCUCAAAAGAGGAAAGAAGAGAAGAAAUCUCUGAACUCAACAAGAAAGUAAGGCGAUAUGAGCUAGAACUUUCUCAAGCUUUAGAUUUAGCGGCAGGCUACAAACUGAAAGCUGAUGUGGCAGAGAAAGAGCGAGCUUCAGUAAUGGCUGUUGCAGACAAGAAAAAUUUUGAAUUAAGUGCCAAACUGAAGGACAUAGAAGAGUCCAACAGGAAUACUCAAUCAAAAUUGUUGGAAAGUGAGGACAAGAUUCAACUGCUCCAAGACAAACUGUCAUGGAUGGAGCAAAACUUCUCUGAGGAGAAUAAAUUAUUACAAGACAGUCAAGAACGGUUAGGCCAACUUGAAGCAGAAUUGUCUUUGGCUGUUGCCGAAAAAGCCAAACUGCUCUCUAAGCUGAAGGAAGAAAAUCAAUUGGUUGCAAAUUUGAAGAACCAAAUGGAGGAUUUGACGGCAACUAUUGAUGAAAAAAACAAAAAGGAGAAAAAAGCUCUGGAGGAUUUGAAGACGUUGCAACAAAACCAGGACAAACUGAAGAAAGAGCUUCGAGUAUUUUAUCAAAAGCAGCUGGAAAGUGUUGUGCGGGACAAACUCAAAGAAUUCCAGUCACAACUUGACGCAGCUGAAGCUGCUCUCAAGGUGGAGCUUCAUACUCGAGAGAGAGCUCUUGCAGAACUGGCAGCUCGUCAAAUGCAAAUAUUGACUGAAAAACAUAAAUCGGAGCUUGACAAAUUAAAAGAAGAAACCAAGGAGCAACAAAAAAGCUCUGAGGACACAAUUUUAGAGCUGAAAGAAUCAUUAGAACUGGAGCGAUCUCGGCGAGCCGAAAUGGCCAGAGAACUUCAUUCUGUCAUGGAAACUCAGUGGAGACAGGCUAUAAACAUUAUCACUUCACAGACAAACUUUCCAAGCAAGCAAGAACCAACUAAUGAAAAAGGAGAAACAACUUCAUCUGUUCACGCUCUUGAGCAUGGUUAUAUGAAUCAAAAAACGGAAAGUAAAUCAAUGCCUGAUCAGCUUCAGAAAUACUUUCAAAUGUUAUUAGAAAAAAUGCCAGCCAAUAAGGAGGAUCUCAAUAAUUCCUGGCUCUACUCUUCAUUUUUAAGCGACGAUAUUGCAACCUCUGCACACCAAGGUGAAGAGUUAAACCUAAAUUCGAAUGCCAAGAGUGAGGGUAACCGUAAUGCCAAAUCAAAACCUCCAUGGAAAUGACAUAAUGCUAAAAGGAAACUGCCAAACAUUGACUUUGGAAGAGAUGCCAAAAGAUAAAAUGUAGCAGAGAUUUGAGAUUUUUCCUUGAGUGGAUUUACAAUGUCUGCAGAGCUGUAAAAAGGGAAGAAUCAAGAAAAAUAUUUAAAGUGAAAGUGAAAAAAAAGACAAAAAACUGUUAGAGAUUUUUAUCAAACGAAUCAGCAUUUUUCCCCUUUGACAUGAUUCUUCCCUAUCUGCCAAAUUUUCAAAACCAUCACCAGGAAUAUUGUAGAAAAUGGUAAUUUUGUGAGAGAGAACUUACAUUUUCUCGGUUACAUAAGCAAAAUAAAUUGCUUCUCUUUCAUGCAUGUUGAAAUAUUAUUAAUUGGAGCACAUUUUGCAAUCAAUAUAUAUUGCACUAUUUUUGGCUCUUUCGCAAAAAAACUAAUUUGCAUAUGGAAAGGAAUGAAACAUAUGUUGUCUCUCAAAUGAGUCAAGAAUAUUAGUUCCCUAGUGAAAAUGUAAUUCAAUAUAAAAAUUUUACAAUUCGUGGGAUCUCAGUCAGACAAAACCCAGGGGAGUCGGAGUUUUAUUUUCAUCACUUCCUCGAGGCUGCAGACACCCUUGUCAGCCAAAAUGAGCCUGGCAGAGUAAAGUCUCACUGAGAUGAAUUGUUAGUGGAUCGAAAAAAGUUUGACCCAAGCGGGAUUUCGUUUGAGCCGCUUUUCCGCCUAACAGGAAAUAAGGGCAUAAUAUUAAGUGAAGCGGGAACUUGACACAUGUAAUAAAGCAGGAUGUCCAGCAAUCUAAAAACCAGGAAAGUCCUGGAGAGACAACAUGUAAUUAAGAGUCGCAAAUUCUUGUGCAAGCUUGUGACUUAUGUAAAAUUUUACAGCGUUUUGAUGCAAAGCCCCACAAUGCUUUCUCCUGGUCUGUUAGACUUGAGGUCAGUCGUGAAUUUUUCUUUAGGGAAUUAAAGCCCUCUUUGAUAUGUACUGGUGAUUUGCGCUGAGCCAUGUUUAUUUUUGCCAUUCGUAGAUUUGGAGACGUAUGUAUUUUAAACUGUUACCUAGUUCGCUCGUUGACUUACCUAUUUUAGAGAUUGUACUUACUGAUCUGCAUUCCACUAUUUUUUAUUAACUGUAUCAGUAUUAAUACCUAUUACUUGUUACCUUUUUUUAGUUUUUCCUCAGUCUGUAGUUUGAUUUUUUCAGUAUUAUUUUAUUUGUAUUUGUAUAAACUCACAUUUAAUUGAUGGAUGAGCAAUUUGGCUCCACCAUUAUUUUGACAAUGCCAAUGGUUUUUUAAAGGUAAUUUGCUAUGAAGUUACUAUGAUGAAGACUUUCUUACAUAUUACUUAAGCAAAUAUUGCGCAACAGCUCCCCCAUUAAAAGCAGGUCAAUCUGAUUAGACUGACUCUGUUUUGUAAAGCAGUUUAUAUCACUUUGAGCGCUUUGACAUCACACCAACCAUAAUCACAUAAGUCUGAUAUCUGAGUCACAAUAGACUUACAUCAAACUGAUUCAGGCUGACUUCAAAAACAUUCAUGUUCAAAUCAGAGUGAUUUGUUUUAUAAAGCAGUCUGUUUAGCCUGGCCUAUUAUUACCAAGGCUUCACUGAAAAACACAUCUCGUAUAUACCUAUUCAAAAUCAAUACAGGAGACAAGAAAAAAAAGAAAAGAAAAACGGAUUUGUUCACACAAUCCACUGUAUGAUCUCAAUGUAAAGCAAUUUAAAGAAUGUUUGAGGAACAAACUUAGAAAUUUUUAAAAAAUAAUUUCCUUAUUUUAAAACCAAUGUAUCAGUACAUUCCAUUGAUCGAGUCAUUUUUAUUUUGUAGCUGUAGAUUUUUGUAAAAAUGUUAGCUCGUACAAGAUGCUGUUAUCUCUUUUGAAAUUGUUUUUUAUAAAGUGUUUCGCCAACCUAAGUAGCGUUUGCUGUGAAUUCAAAGUAUCAAUCUCUUUUUCUCCAAUCGCACCAUUUCUUUUUCCAAGCUGAUUCCUAUACCAUAUGUACCUGAAAAGUGAACGAGGAUUCUCUGAAAAUUAUCCAUCAUUUGUUUCUGGCACAUGAGAAUUCUCCGUGAUAAUGUGCUCCAGACUCUUUUGCUUACUCUCCCUUCCGUCCUAAUCUUCCCUGAAACGAGACUGUUUCUUUUCCACUAGAGUAAUUUUUACUGAAUUUUUACUAAAUUAUUUUCAUGUGUACAUAUAGUCAGCACUGUUUUGAAUUCCAAUAUAUUUUCUUGUCUCAUAGA